ACGGGGACUUCUGUGCACGGAUGGACCCGCCCGGACCCGGCGGGAAGCGGCCUGGCAGGCGGCGGCCCCGGCGGCAUCAGCAGAGGCAGGACAGGGCCGAAGCCGCGGGUCCCUGAGGCGCGCGUGACCUCCGGGCCCGGCGGCGGCACCAUGAUGCCGGGCGAGACCCACUCGGCGGCGCCCGGGACGGCGGCGGACCUCUCACGCUGUCAGGGCUGCGCCUCUCUGCAGCAGAAUUUAAAUGAAUAUGUUGAAGCAUUAAUUACCUUGAAACAAAAAAUUAUCAAUACAGAUAAUUUGUUAACAGAAUAUCAGAAGAAAUGUGAUGAGCUGCAGUUUGCAAGAAGAGAGAAUAGUACUCUGCAUCACCAGGUGGAACAGAUGCUUCAAAAAAUUUCUCCUCUACAGAAAUGUCAGGAAGAACUGGGAUCUUUAAAAGCAGAGCUAGAAGAGAAAAAGAGUUCUCUAAAGUUGUAUCAGGAUACUCAUCAGGAAUAUGCCCGUGUAAAAGAAGAAUGCUUGAAAAGUGACGCUCAGAAGAAGAAACUAGAAGCUAAGGUGAAGAAGCUGGAAGAGGCUGCCGUCAAGCAAACUCAAGACUUCAAGCAACUGAGAAAUGAAAAGAAAAUACUUGAAAAGGAAUUUAAGAAGACACAGGAAAGGCUUGAUGAAUUUUCUAAGCAGAAAAAUGAAAAGGAGUUGAGACAUAUUGGAACACAAAUUUCAAGUGAUUCAUAUGGGAGCAUAGAUAAAAGAAAAGUAAAACUUCUUCUGAAGGAACUCUGGCUCUGUGUAAACACAACGCACAGACUACCUGGUGAAGGCAGCCGAUGCAUCCCAGAAAAACCUGCCAAAGAAUACACAGGAUCCAGACCAUCUGAGGAAGAUGGCACACUACCUCCAACACAAGGCAGUCCUCUCAGGACCUCAGAUGUGCAGACAUGCCUCACAGAACUGUCCAUGGAGAUAGAGGGUGACCUUUCUUCAUGUAAAAAUGUGGACAAAGAGAGGCCCAGUGGAGCAAAUUAUAGUACUGACCAUGUUUUUAAUGAGGACGGGAAUCCUGAGGUUUUAAUACAAAGUCACAAUGACAGUGACAGUACUGACUUUUCUGACCAUGAUCAUUUUUUUGAUGAAGAUCUUCAAGCUGCAAUUGACUUCUUCAAACUUCCCCCUCCUCUUCUGUCUCCAGUGCCCUCACCCCCUCCGAUGUCAUCUCCACACCUGGGCUCAUUACCUUCUUCGCUCCCACCUGGAACCUACUUUGGAGAAUAUGCAGAUUCAAGUGAUAAUGACUCGGCCCAGCUUGGAAAUUCCUCUGAAUCUAUUUCAGAAGAUGAUACAACUGAAUCACAGAAUCAUUUUGGUUCAUACAGAAAAAAUAAAGGAAGUGGUACAUGGGAGGAAAGGCCCAAAUCACAUGAAGGUAUCCAAGCUCUAAAUCCAUUGGCAGUAAAUAAAGUGACAACUGUUGGAUGUGAGACUUUAACAGCAACACUGAGAGAACCUUCAACCACAUCAUGCUCUUUAGCUUGUGAAAGCCCCUGGACAGUGUCAUCUGACUUCAUGAGCAAUAGAAAAAGAGACAUUUCAGAUGAGGCAAAAAGCCAGAUAGAGGUCAGGGAAAUGGGUAGCUCAGUGCAGACUGAGGAGACAUUUCAUAAACCCAGCAGAACCCUGUGCACUGACAAGUCGCCCGGCAGCCUGGCACAAAAGAGGGAAGCUGCUACUGGGAAGUCGGAGUCUGGUCAUUUGUCCCUUGGUGAGAGGCCAUUGAAUGAAUUCAUUGAAUCUGAAGGAAAAACCGUGUUGUCCAAAAUGAUGGGAUCACCCAAAUCCGAGUUUACUAAGUGGACACUAACUAAUGAAGUCCCUUCUGAAUCAGACUGUGUAGCAGUUUCUGACCACUUUCAGAGAAUACGUAGAGAAAUGGGGAAGGAAAGAGAACAUACACAGGGGUUCAUUUCAGGAGAAUCCCCUGAAGCAGAAGAUGAAAGCGCAGGUGGUGCAGUGGCUGCAGCGGGGCUUGACGUUGAAGCCAGAUUUUCUUCCUCUUCUACCUCAGUUGCAUUGUCUGUUUGCAGUGAUCCCCAGUCUUCUGGGUUAGGGUAUGUUAAUGAUAUGAAUACCCCUACUGAACUGCAUCAUUUGGAACAAAAAUUACAAAGUAAAACUUUAAACACAUUACAUCUGCAGUCUGAGCCACCAGAGUGUUCUAAAGGAGGAAAUGACCUGGAGAGUAGCUUGCGUACUUUGAGCCCUGAAUUGAGAGAAUCUGAUUUUAAUGAUCAGAAGAGCAGUGAGGUAGCAUGUACAAAAGGCAUAACCAAAAUAUACUCACUCCCCCAGUCAGUGUUUAUGAGAGCCACGAAAGAGGGACAGUGUGACAGUCGGGAUCCAGGAAUGGAGCUCCCUCUGAAUAAGUCAGAUUUCACAACAUUGGUAGAUUCUCAGCCUGGCUCCAUCAAGAGUGGUUUUGGUUUUGUUAAAAGCUCUUCGUGGCACCAAAGCAAUGUAUUACGGGGAGGUUGUGAAGAAAGUCUGAGAGCUAAAUCAGAGCAGGGACAAAAGACUAACUACCCAUUACAAAAGGCAGCACUGUCCUUACUAAAUAAAGGGUCGACAUCCAAGCUCGCACUCCCUAGAGGUGAUAAGAGCUCUGUAGAAUUGAAGGCUGCUGCAUCCUUACUGUCUAAUCAAGUAUCAGUUAUCACAAAGCAGGCAAGACCCGAAAAGGCACAAACUGCUAAAUUGGAACACUUGAGACCAUGUGGGAAUGUGCCUACCUUAGCAAUGGAAAAUAAUGAUAACAAAACCAGUCAUAUGUCAUACACAGCAAAAUGUGGUGGAGAAAGAGAUAAUACAACUCCGAACAUCACAGAGGUGGCUGCUGUGAAAAGCACUUCACCAGAAGUUUCUACUUCUCAGAGAAAAUUAGAUUUUAAUUCUGCAACUGGUUCUUUACCAGUAGAAAAUUCUGAUUGUUCCACUAAUAGUAAAUUACCUUUCUCUUCUGAAAACAUCCUUGUCCAAAACCAAGACAUUGUAAGGGAAGCUGCAGUGCCAGGAGAGGCACAGGAGCAAAGGCAGUUUCUUUCUGCCGUGGACCCGGACUCCAGUGGGACAGGUGGCAGUGAGCUGCUUCCAGCCACAGAAGUGACAGUGUCAGCAGGUUUUGCUAUUGAAGAAAUACCCUGUGGGGACACUGGAAGUUCUGGUAGUGAGGCCCUGGCUGUUGUAAGUGAUUCUCCUAGAACACAAAAUGCUAAUGAAUUUUUUAAGUUGGAAUCUAAAACUCCUAGUGUUUCUUUUCCUGAAUGUUUUGUCACCACAGGCACUGCUUUUUCAUCAGUGUUUUGCAGAAAAGAUGAGGAGACACGGGAUAUCUCCCAGAGUAGCCCUCUUGAUACUUUACACUGUUACAUAGGCCUUCGGGAGGGAAGGGACGAGGACACCGAGAUAGAGGAGAGCGAGGCAUUUAGCUGUAGUGAGGGUGAACAUGACGCGGAAGCUGAGGUGGGGAACACACAGCCGGGUGCCAGUGACGACUCCCAGAAAAGUUUAGCAGGUGCAGGUGCUGGUGCAGCUGAGACAAGACCUUCCUUAGAGGUAGGUUACUUGACCUCUGCUCUGCAGGAUUUUAACAUAAGUACUUUUUCUGAGAUAGACAGACUUUCUACAUCAGAGGUUGUUAUGUUUCUUGAAAGUUGUCAGUUAAGGGAUUAUAGUUCAGGGGACUCUGUUUCAGAAUGUUCUAGCAAAGGGACCCUAAUUAAAGAAAUGAACAAAGAAUUAAAGCAAAGUGAAAUAUCAGGAGAAAAAUACAGAAAGCAAUCCUGUGAAGAAGAAAUACUUGGAACCUCCGAAGAGUGGAUUGAAUUAGAAGAUGAUUAUUCUUUAAAAAAUACCAGUCAGCUUACUCCUUGUUCUUUGGAAACACUGACUGAGGUUCUCACCAAGAUUGGGCAAGAACUUCAGACAAAUUAUGAGGACUGUAAUGAUAAAGACACAGGCAAUUUAUUGCUCUUAAAUCUACAUAACAACAUUACAACUGAAAAUUUAAAAGAACAAGUUCCAUCUCAGGAAACAACUAGCUCCUCUUCACAUACUUCAGAACUGCUCCCACUAAUAGCCGACUUGGAUGCUAGAAGCAACUCUCCUGUCAGUAACAGACCUGAUAAUGAAAAUGUUCAGAGCAGGCCCGAGGAUGAUUCCAGUGCCACCAGGCAAACAGAUGGUGGGGAAGAGCCUGUGGAGCCCUCAGCCCUGCACUCUGCCUCAGCAGGAGAACCGAUGACAGAGCAGAGCUCCAGCUGUGAGGAAACAGCAUUUCAGUGUCAAAUAUCGACAGUGACUUCAGAAAUUAUAAACGUACUUAUAAAUAAGGAUCAGAAUUUAGUCAUUGAAAAGGGGGACAACUGGACAAUCAUCAGUGGUGUAGCUGUUGUGCCAGAGGUGGACCAGGUUGUGCUGGGUGACACUCCUGGAGGCAUCGCUCCUUCUCAGGAUCAAGGAGGACUGGAGGCUGGUUUCAUUUCACUGACUUCUGUGGAGAAGUCUCCAGAGACUGAUCACACUGGCCCUCCAUUUCAGGAGCCUCCUGGUGGCAGUAAUCUGUCAUGCACCCAGGAGGAUGUUUCAAGCAGUGGUCAGAGUACCAACUUUGAUAAAACUCGUUUGCGGAAUAGACCUGUUAAGCCUAGUAUAUGGAUUAGUUCUCAAAUAUAUGAUCAGACAUUUGAAUCUCAGAUUGUUGCAUCUGAUCACACAUAUUAUAACUCAAAAUUAGAUCCAUUUGGCAAAAAUAAGAAUCGAUCAAAGAUUUCAAACAAAGAUCAAUCAAACAAACCAAUAAAGACUUUAGCAUCAAGCAGGGUUGAAACUCACCAGAGUGAGGUUUCUCAGUCAUUUUCAGGGGAAAGAGGUAAUACAAAAACUCAAAGAAAUCAGACUCAGACCAUUCUAGCUAAUGCUGAUACAUCUACUCCUACAGACUGUUCUCCUGACACUCUGAAUAAAAUCAGGCAAGAGGUUGGGCCUCCUUUGCCUCCCCUGCUUGCACCUCUGAUAGCUACACCUCCAAGGACUUCACAGCCACUUUCUCCUCUGAUAUCAAGUUCUAGUCCUUCCUCACCCACCUCUCUCGCUGGCCAGAUUUCUCCCUCAUGUGAAAUUCCUGUGCCUCCUCUGAUGUCUCCAUGGCCCGAAGACCCCAGAUGUGCCUCUCCUCCAGGUCCUUCUCCAUCUCCAUCUGCUGCAUCAGCCGGUGAGAGGAUAGUGUCAUCACCUCUGCAGUUCUGUGCAGCCACACCAAAGCAUGCACUUCCCGUGCCUGGCCGACUCCCACCCCGUGCCUCUGGCCAUGCUGCAGUGGGAGGGCCUCAGGAGAAUUCCGUUAAAAUCCUUGACACCAUGUACCCAGAGUUAUCUGCCAGGGCCCGGACCCUCAACAUCCUCAAAGGGAAUAUUCAGCUCACUCGAGGUCCAUCCACUGAUCGUAAGAAUUUACCAGGGCCUGUCAGUGCCGUAAUAGGAUUCAAAGCAAUCACUUCAACAUCAACUGCUUUUGUCAAAACAGGAGGCAGUUCUAGUGGUGACAGUAACCAAGAGAAGUCAAGAGAUUUGGAGACUCAGCAGGAUUCAGGUGGGAAAAGAACAUUGUCAGCGUCUACACUGAGGAGUGCUAAAAGACUGCGCCUGGACAUUGGGUCCCCAGAACCAGAAACCAGGGGAACUACUGCAGAAGGAAUGCAUAGGAACCUCCAAAGGAACCUUCCUCAAGCUGAAGUCAUAACAGAUGAGGAAGAAAGUUCUGUUCUCACCGCAGAUACUGUUGCACAGUUACCCCUAAACCCACAAGAAACUGUGGAGUCACAUGAUAAAGCCAUAACUAAUGCACUGAAGAAAAUUGCAGAGUCUUCUUUUGAUCUGUUACCUGUCAUUCGUAGUCAUGUAUAUGUGGGAAAUAUCUCCAAAAAGCCUGUGAUGAGAGAUCAAGAGAAAGAAGUUGUUUAUGAAUUUAGCACAACAAAAAAGCAUUUAGCGGAGUGCUUGCUUCACUCUAUUCUCUCAGAACUAAAAAUUCAGAAGAUGUCUGUGGACCACAAUUAUAUUCAUGCCCUCUGUAGAGUAUAUGUGGGUAUUUGUCGGCAACUUGGAGACUUAGAAAGAGCUCGCUUGUUUUGCUACAGUCUACUUAAGGAAGAUUUUCCAGAGUCUGAGAAAUUGACUUUGUUUAUUGCAAACAUGUGGCAUGAUAUAUUUCUCUCUCAGUCCGUGAUUAAUAAAGCAAUGCAGUUAGUUGCCAGGCAGCGCGCUAAAGGAGAGGUUCUAAACUGUUUGAGAGCUUUUCUCAACUGGGAAAAGAAUGCUCCUGUAGAUGUUGGCUUCAUGGUUUCUAAGCUGCUUUUGACCAUACAGUUAUGUCCAAAAACAGAAUUUCAGUCCAAUGAAAAAUUUGGUGAAGACCUAAGUGAUAACACAUGGGAAUACAUAUUUGCCAUUGAUCUUCUCUGCUGUCAUCAGAAAUGGAUUUGGACACAUGAUAACAUCAUAAGUAAGGAGCUGUGGCCUGUAAUGGAUAAGUGGAUAAAGUACAGAAAAGGACAUGCGAACAUCGCAUAUACUCCUGAUAUUAUCAUAGCAUCAAUACUGAGGCUGAUUGGUCGUUUAGGCCAAUUGGGUUUGAAGGAAGGAUUUCCAUCUGCUGUGAAAAAUAUUAGUUCAGUUAUUGGUAUGUUUAUACAACAUGCUCAAGAUGAAGAUAUACCGUGGGGUAUACAGUUGGCAGCUGUGUAUGCUCUCUGUGACUUGAGUCCCAGCAAUCCAACAGAGAUAUCCAAGAUCCUGGAAGCAUGGCGGAGAGAGGCCUCCAACAGCGUCCCAUCUGCAGUCGCCAGCUGCCUGGACGAAGUCGGUGCCCUGAGUGCGGAGGGGCCCGGCUGACCCAGGACGGCCGCUGUGGCUGGAGAAGUGCCUUGACACACUCUGAAUACAGAGAGAUUAAUCAGCUUUCAGAAGACAGUCCAAGGUUUAAAAGAGAAAGACAUGGAGCAGAUAAAAUGACAAGAGUCUCUCCUCAUUGUCUGGCAAGGAGACAGGAGAAACAAGCAGUUGCAUAGUUGUUUUUCCCUAAAUCACGUACAUUUCACUUAAGGCCGUUGUGAUCAUGUGACGUAUGGAUUGUAUUAUUGUGUCUUGGUCAAACAACAAAAACUUGAACUUAGCCCUUUUUUUGCUGCAGAAAGUGUCCUUUUAGUGGCUUUUUAAUGUUAAGUGGUAUUUUAUAAUGAACUUAACAAUAUAAAGAUGUAAUUUGAUUCCUGAGCUAUUUUUGGACUUGGUGUUCAAAUGAGUGACUAAAUUGGCUAAAAGAACUAGAACAGUCUUCCGCUGUCCUAGCGAGAAAUGGGCUACAAAAGUUUUUCUCAAGAUGUCGUACGUAAUUGAUCAGAGCAAAACACAGAGAGCCCUUAGCGGAAACUCACUAUAAUUCAUUGUCUUCAUAUCUCUAAAAUUCCUUAAAGAUAUUUAACUAUAUGUCAGGAAGAGAGAGCUGAAGAGUUGUCUGUCAGCAGAUGGCGGGGGGCGAUUUGCGGACGCCGCGGCAGAGCUGUGUGCGGUGUGCAUAUGGACAGUGCUAUGAUGUGUCUCACAUUUGAUGAUGUUCCACUUCGGAAUUUUAGUAUUUGUAUAUAGAAAUGGGUUUAAUAACUCACUGUGGUCUGAUUUGUCUUAUAUUCAUCAUUUCUUAAAACUCUUGUAUGUGUUUUUAUAAUAAAAAAUAAAAGUAAGCCAUGCACAUUA